AUGGAAGAAGCUAUCCUAUUCAAUCAAACUACUAUAGUGACCUAUUUUCGUCUUAGAGGUUUAUCUGUAAAUCAGAACGUACAGAUAGCAGUGUUCACCAUGUUCCUCGUUUUUUACAUCCUGACACUGAUGGGCAACAUCCUCAUUGUCAUAACGAUUAUCUAUGACCACCAAUUGCAUACCCCUAUGUAUUUCUUCCUCUGCAAUCUGUCCUUUAUUGAUGUGUGCCACACCACUGUCACUAUCCCCAAGAUGCUGAUAGACACCUGGUUCGAAGAUAAGCUCAUCUCCUUUAAUGCCUGUGUGACUCAGAUGUUCUUCCUGCACCUCUUUGCCUGCACAGAGAUCUUUCUCCUCACUAUCAUGGCCUAUGAUCGGUACGUGGCCAUUUGCAAGCCCCUGCAGUACAUGACAAUAAUAAGCUGGAAAGUGUGUGUGCUGCUAACUGUGGCCAUCUGGGCAGGAGGCACCAUCCACUCCAUAUCACUGACUUCCCUCACCAUCAGGCUGCCCUACUGUGGUCCUGACGAGAUCGACAACUUCUUCUGUGAUGUACCUCAGGUCAUCAAAUUGGCCUGCACUGAUACCCACAUCAUUGAGAUUCUCAUCGUCUCCAACAGUGGACUGAUCUCUGUGGUCUGCUUUGUGGUCCUUGUGGUGUCCUAUGCAGUCAUCCUGGUGAGUCUGAGGCAGCGGAUCUCUGAGGGGAAGCGGAAGGCCCUGUCCACCUGUGCAGCCCACCUCACCGUGGUCACGCUCUUCCUGGGGCACUGCAUCUUUAUCUAUUCCCGCCCAUCCACCAGCCUCCCAGAGGACAAGAUAGUGUCUGUAUUUUUCACCGCUGUCACCCCCCUACUGAACCCUAUCAUCUAUACCCUUAGGAAUGAAGACAUGAAGAAUGCACUGAACAAGUUAAUGGGGAGGGAGGAGAGAAAAGGAAAACACUGA